AUGAGUGAUGAGUCGGGCGGAUCUCUGAUAUUCCAUCAACAGCAGCAAACUCUUUCCAUUUCUAUCCGGCUGGAUAUCUGCGUCGCGACUGCCUAUAACGUUCCCUAUCACGUUACUCCGAUCCCUGGCUCUAAUGGCCAACUCUGGAUCGUCCCCGACUACAGCUCCACGAACUUCGCGACGAAGCUUGACAGUUGUAAUGACGCGGUUGUGAGAAGUGUCCAAUUCCGACGUCUCCGUGCAUCUUCGGAAGGCGGCUCGAUGAAUGAGGUGACGGCUUCUAUGGUUGGUGGUGAAGACUGGGUUUUUGGUCUUGCUGGUGGUCCCCCUCAACCCCCGGCCUACCCGACUCGAUCUCCUGCUACUCCAGCACAUGAGGCCCACCCCGUGGGGACCUACGAGAGUAGCGAACGUUCAGACUCUGUUAGCGCUAUCGAGUUCUACGAGAACCUGCUUCUGAUGAGUUUGACUAUCAAGCUCGGUAGCUGCACUGCUUCUGUUCGGAACGUUCCCUAUUACAUUGGCCCUCUUCGCAAUCAUGAGGGACACGAUCUCGACGAUGAGCUCUUCGUGGUACCCGACUUCAGCGGAACAGAUUUCACGACACAGGUGGACAACUGUCGCGACUCUAUUAUCAACGGCAGCGCAUUUACAUAUCUGUUCGUUUCCUCGGAGCAAGGCGUUCCCAUGAGCGAGAUUUCCACCUCCAGGACAACAGAUUGGAUGUUCCAGCUCCGUGGUAUUCCCACUCGGCCGCCGCCGACAACACCUACAACUCCCCUUCCUACUACCCCAACUCCUACAGUCCCGACUAAGCCUAAUCCAUCGGGCCUAUAUAAAGACGACAGUAGAGAAGGCUCAAGCGUUUUGGUAUUCCUUCAAAACCCCGGAAACUUUACCAUAGAUAUCACACUCGGUGGUUGCCGUCUAUAUUACGAAGAUGUUCCGUACGAGAUGGUUGAGGAGAAUGGUGCCUCUUGGGUGAAGCCUGAUUAUAGCUCCACUUCUCUGGCUUAUGCUCUGAGUAACUGCAGGUUCGACGCCAACUCAAGAUACGAGCUUAAUGAUCUGGAGAAUAUCGAAUUCCACGAUGCGCAAGAUCCGAACGACCAGACGUUAGUAGUUUACAGAAUGCUAGAGACCUAUGGGAAGGCACUGAGGACGGUCUUCAGGAACCAGUAG